AUGUCGGACCGUUACUUACAAAAUACAUUGAAACUCCCAAAUAUUAAUGAAUGCGAUCCAAAAAAAUUUGAAAAGUUUAUUGUAGAUAACGUUGAUGUGAUUCUCUCUCAAUAUCCCGCUGCAAAUAAUACUCAUGAUUUUGAUGUGUUUAAUGGAUACGGAGGAAUUGCUUUUAUGUUUUUUCGCUUACAUCAACUCUUUCCUGACCUAACAAUUAAUGGAAAUAAAGUAUCUCUUUUGUGCGCCACAUACCUAUCCGCUGCUUUAUCAGCAGUCCGUAGAAGUUCUCAAGAACAUGUUGGAUUUUUAGGUAGUCACGUUGGGCCAUUAGCUUUGGCCGUUGUAGUUUAUGAAACCAUUGAAAACGAUACUCAAAAAUCGUUAAAAUACCUUGAUACUAUUCUUGAAAAAUACCAUUCAUUGGCAUUAAAGGAUGAUUGGAAUGAAUUACUAUAUGGUCGAACUGGAUAUCUUUAUUCUUUAAUCUUUAUUAGAAAGUAUUGCAAAGAUAAUGUGGAAAUUAUGACAAGAGUUGGGAAUGAAAAAUUAAAAGAAAUCAUUGAAUUAAUCAUAAAGGAUGCUGGAAUUAUUACUAUUAUUCUUCAUUGUGAAGAAUUGGCUCAACCCUACUUUGAUGAAUUAUUUCAAACCAUUGAAUGGCUUACAGGGUUAGUUCCACAAGAUAAAAAUCAUCCUGCAGAUACUCAGUCAACUGAUGAUUAUCUCGUUCAAAAAGGUGCAACAGGUCUUUGUCAUAAUACUCUUGGCAAUGCUUAUACAUUUCUCAUGACUUACCUUGUUACACAAGAUGAAGAACAACUUAAAAGGGCGUUGGCAUUUGGAUUAUAUGGAGGUGAAUGGGAAGAUAAAACUCGGAAAGGUGAAAUACGAGUCCCAGACCAUCCAUGGAGUCUUUUUGAAGGUCUUGCUGGUGGCAUUGUUUAUUGGGCCGAUUUAAUAACUGUAUUAAAGGAUGUUCAACAACUAGGUGUAAGUAGCAUGCAAGAUAAAGUAGUUGGAUUUCCUUGUUUCACCGAUUUGUAG